AUGUCGAAAUUGUUCACUCCUCUGAAAGUCGGCCGCAUGGCGCUGAGCCACCGCAUCGCUAUGGCACCCAUGACCCGUUUGCGAGCCGAUCAGCACCACCGACCCCUGCCGUCAGUGAAAGAGUACUACCAGCAACGGGCUUGCGUUCCGGGCACCCUACUCAUAACCGAGGCCACUGUGAUCACUCCCGCACACGGUGGUUACUCCAAUGUGCCGGGAAUCUACAACGAUGCUCAGCUUGAAGCCUGGAAAGAGGUUACCAAGGCCGUUCACGCACAGGGAUCGCACAUUUAUAUGCAGCUCUGGGCGCUUGGGCGCGCAGGAAACCCCCAGUUCCUACAGGCUCAAGGAUAUGAUGUGGUUUCUAGCAGCGACGUACCGAUGCAAAGCACAUUCAGUGACGAAAUGCAUCAUCCACGAGCCUUGCGCGAGGAGGAGAUCUACUCGGCCAUCGAGGAUUUUGCGACUGCGGCCCAGAAUGCCAUUCGUGCCGGGUUUGAUGGGGUAGAGAUCCAUGGGGCCAAUGGCUAUCUGGUCGACCAGUUCAUUCAAGAUGUGUCGAACAAGCGGACUGAUGCUUGGGGUGGAAGUCUUGAAAAGCGAUCCAAGUUCGCGGUGGAGGUCACUCGAGCCGUGGUCAAUGCAAUCGGCAAUGACCGUACCGCUAUACGACUAAGUCCUUGGAGCCGAUACCAGGGCAUGCGCAUGGCCGAUCCAAUCCCUCAAUUCUCUGACCUGGUUUCGAAGCUGGCAGACUUCAAGCUGGCAUAUCUGCAUGCUUGUGAAUCCGACAGCAAGGAUCCAGCAGAAAACUCCAAGUUCCUUCUUGAUGCCUAUGGCAAUGCAGGCCCCGUCAUCCUGGCCGGAGGUCACAAUCACGAAUCAGCGAAAGAAGCGGUAGACACUAAGUAUAAGAGCAAUGAUGUUGCAAUUGCUUUCGGCCGGCCGUUUAUUUCUAAUCCUGACCUCGCCUUCCGGGUACAACAAAACAUCCCAUUUGCCUCGCACGAUCCCGCCAGUAUGUACGCACAGACAUCAGAAGGGUAUAUUGAUUAUGAGUUCAGCGAUGACUUCAAGUCAGCCAAGGUCUCCGCGUGA